AUGGGGCUGCGAGCCGGGCGCUCGGCGUCCGGGUCCCCGAGCGCGGGCGUCCUGCCGCUGCCUGUGAUGCGGCUGCCGCUGCUCCUGCUGCCGCUGCUCGGUCCCGCCGCCCGCGGGGCUGCGGCGCACGGCGAGGCGGAGGCGCCCAGCCUCUAUCUGUGGAAGACCGGUCCCUGGGGACGAUGCAUGGGAGAUGACUGCGGUCCAGGGGGCAUCCAAACCCGGGCUGUAUGGUGUGCUCAUGUGGAAGGCUGGACGACAUUGCAUACCAACUGUAAACAGACAGGGAGACCCAGUAACCAGCAAAACUGCUUCAAAGUGUGUGACUGGCACAAAGAGUUGUACGACUGGAAACUGGGGCCCUGGGAUCAGUGUCAGCCGGUGAUGUCCAAAAGCCUAGAGAAACUCCGGGAGUGUGUCAAGGGGGAGGAAGGCAUCCAGGUGAGAGAGAUAACAUGCAUGCAGAAGGACAAAGAUAUCCCUGCCGAGGACAUCAUCUGCGAGUAUUUCGAGCCCAAGCCCCUGCUGGAGCAGGCCUGCCUCAUUCCAUGCCAACAAGACUGCAUUGUGUCCGAGUUCUCCUCCUGGUCCGAGUGCUCCAAGACCUGCGGUAGCGGACUCCAGCACCGCACGCGGCACGUGGUGGCGCCCCCGCAGUUCGGAGGCUCGGGAUGCCCCAACCUGACCGAGUUCCAGGUGUGCCAGUCCAGCCCGUGCGAGGCGCAGGAAAGCAUGUACAGCCUGCAGGUGGGGCCCUGGAGCGCAUGCUCAAUGCCGCAUGCCAGGCAGGCCAGGCAGGCCAGGAGGCGAGGCAAGAACAAAGAGAGGGAAAAGGACCGAGGCAAAGGGGUGAAGGAUCCUGAAGCCCGUGAGCUCAUCAAGAAAAAGAGAAAUAGAAACAGGCAGAAUAGACAGGAGAACAAAUAUUGGGACAUCCAGAUUGGAUAUCAGACCAGGAAUGUGCUGUGCACUAACAAGACUGGGAAAGCUGCUGACCUGAGCUUUUGCCAGCAAGAGAAGCUGCCAAUGACCUUCCAACCCUGUGUGAUCACAAAAGAGUGCCAGGUCUCUGAGUGGUCAGAAUGGAGUCCAUGCUCAAAAACGUGCCAUGAUCCCACAUCUCCUGCAGGAACUCAUGUAAGGACACGGACCAUCAGGCAAUUUCCGAUUGGAAAUGAAAAAGAAUGCCCAGAACUUGAGGAAAAAGAACCCUGUGUAUCUCAAGGAGAUGGAGUUUCUUUCUGUGCCAUGUUUAGCUGGAGAACCACAGAGUGGACUGAAUGCCGUGUGGAUCCUCUGCUCAGUCAGCAGGACAAAAGGCGUGGCAACCAGACAGCCCUCUGUGGAGGGGGCGUGCAGACCCGAGAAGUGUACUGUGUGCAGACCAAUGACAACCUGCUCUCACACUUAAACACUCACAAGGACAAAGAAGCCUCUAAACCAGUGGACUCAAAAUUAUGCAGUGGCCCUGUUCCUAACACCACCCAGCUGUGCCACAUCCCUUGUCCAGUUGAAUGUGAAGUUUCACCUUGGUCGGCCUGGGGACCUUGUACUUAUGAAAACUGUAAUGACCAACAAGGCAAAAAAGGUUUUAAACUGAGGAAGCGGCGCAUUAUCAAUGAGCCCACUGGAAGCUCUGGGGGGACUGGAAACUGCCCUCACUUAUUAGAAGCCAUUCCCUGUGAAGAGCCAUCUUGCUAUGAGUGGAAGGCAGUGAGGCUGGGAGACUGUGAACCAGAUAAUGGAAAGGCCUGUGGGUCAGGCACUCAAGUUCAAGAGGUUGUGUGCAUCAACAGUGAUGGAGGAGAAGUGGAAAGACAGCUGUGCAGAGAUGCCAUCUUUCCCAUUCCUGUAGCCUGUGAUGCUCCAUGCCCAAAGGACUGUGUGCUCAGUGCAUGGUCUUCAUGGUCCUCCUGUUCCCACACCUGCUCAGGCAAAACCACAGAGGGGAAACAGAUCCGAGCUCGCUCCAUUCUGGCCUAUGCAGGAGAAGAAGGUGGAAUCCGUUGUCCUAACAGCAGUGCUUUGCAGGAAGUGCGCAGCUGCAAUGAGCAUCCAUGUACUGUGUACCAUUGGCAAACUGGCCCCUGGGGCCAGUGUAUUGAAGACACCUCAGUGUUAUCCUUCAACACUUCUACAACUUGGAAUGGGGAGGCCUCCUGCUCUGUGGGCAUGCAGACACGAAAAGUCAUCUGUGUGCGAGUCAAUGUGGGCCAAGUGGGACCCAAAAAGUGUCCUGAAAGCCUGCGACCUGAAACAGUUAGGCCUUGCCUGCUUCCUUGUAGAAAGGACUGCAUUGUAACCCCAUACAGUGACUGGACACCAUGUCCCUCCUCAUGUAGAGAAGGGGACUCAGGAGUCAGGAAGCAAUCAAGGCACCGGGUCAUCAUUCAGCUGCCAGCCAAUGGAGGCCGAGACUGCACUGAUCCUCUCUAUGAAGAGAAGGCCUGUGAAGCACCUCCAGUGUGUCAGAACUACAGGUGGAAGACUCACAAAUGGCGAAGGUGCCAGUUAGUCCCUUGGAGCGUACAACAGGACAGCCCUGGAACACAGGAAGGUUGCGGGCCUGGUCGACAGGCAAGAGCCAUUACUUGUCGGAAGCAAGAUGGAGGGCAGGCUGGCAUCCACGAAUGCCUUCAGUAUGCAGGCCCAGUGCCAGAGCUGACCCAGGCUUGCCAGAUCCCCUGCCAAGAAGACUGUCAAUUUACCAGCUGGUCCAAGUUUUCUGCAUGUAAUGGGGACUGUGGUGCAGUUAGGACCAGAAAGCGCUCUAUUGUUGGAAAAAGUAAAAAGAAGGAAAAAUGUAAAAAUUCCCAUUUGUACCCUCUCAUUGAAACUCAGUACUGUCCUUGUGACAAGUACAAUGCACAGCCUGUGGGGAACUGGUCAGAUUGCAUCUUACCUGAAGGGAAAGUGGAGGUGUUGCUGGGAAUGAAAGUACAUGGAGACAUCAAAGAAUGUGGACAAGGAUAUCGUUACCAAGCAAUGGCAUGCUAUGAUCAGCAUGGCAGACUUGUGGAAACUUCCAGAUGCAAUAGCCAUGGGUACAUUGAAGAGGCCUGCAUUAUUCCCUGCCCCUCGGACUGCAAGCUCAGCGAGUGGUCCAAUUGGUCACGCUGCAGCAAGUCCUGUGGCAGUGGUGUGAAGGUUCGGUCUAAGUGGCUGCGGGAAAAGCCAUACAAUGGAGGAAGGCCUUGUCCAAAACUGGACCAUGUCAACCAGGCCCAGGUGUAUGAGGUCGUUCCCUGCCAUAGUGACUGCAACCAGUACAUAUGGGUCACGGAGCCUUGGAGCAUCUGCAAAGUGACCUUUGUGGACAUGCGUGAUAACUGUGGAGAGGGCGUGCAGACCCGGAAAGUGAGAUGCAUGCAGAAUACAGCAGAUGGCCCUUCUGAGCCUGUAGAGGAUUACCUCUGUGAUCCAGAAGAGAUGCCCCUGGGGUCUCGAGAGUGCAAAUUACCAUGUCCUGAGGAUUGUGUGAUAUCUGAAUGGGGACCGUGGACCCAAUGUCCUUUGCCUUGCAAUCAAAGCAGUUUCCGGCAAAGGUCAGCUGAUCCCAUCAGGCAACCUGCUGAUGAAGGAAGAGCCUGCCCAGAUACUGUGGAGAAGGAACCCUGUAACCUGAACAAAAACUGCUACCACUAUGACUAUAAUGUCACAGACUGGAGUACGUGUCAGCUAAGUGAGAAGGCAGUUUGUGGAAACGGCAUUAAAACAAGGAUGUUGGAUUGUGUUCGAAGUGAUGGCAAGUCCGUUGACCUGAAAUAUUGUGAAGAGCUCGGCCUGGAGAAGAACUGGCAGAUGAACACAUCCUGCGUGGUGGAAUGCCCUGUGAAUUGUCAGCUUUCUGACUGGUCCCCUUGGUCAGAAUGUUCCCAAACAUGUGGCCUCUCAGGAAAAAUGACCCGAAGACGAGCUGUGACUCAACCCUUUCAGGGUGAUGGGAGACCCUGCCCCUCCCUGGUGGAACAAUCCAAGCCUUGCCCAGUGAAGCCAUGCUAUCGAUGGCAAUAUGGCCAGUGGUCCCCAUGCCAAGUGCAGGAAGCCCAGUGUGGAGAAGGGACCAGAACAAGGAACAUUUCUUGUGUAGUGAGUGAUGGCUCAGUUGAUGACUUCAGCAAAGCCGUGGAUGAGGAGUUCUGUGCCGAUCUGGAGCCCAUUGUAGAUGGUAACAGGAAAACAGUUCUGGAGGAAAGCUGCACACAGCCCUGCCCAGGUGACUGUUAUUUGAAUGACUGGUCUUCAUGGAGCCUAUGUCAGCUGACAUGUGUGAAUGGUGAAGAUCUAGGCUUUGGUGGAAUACAGGUUCGGUCCAGAGCAGUGAUCAUACAAGAACUAGAAAACCAACAUCUAUGUCCAGAGCAGAUGUUAGAAACUAAAUCAUGUGAUGAUGGACAGUGUUAUGAGUACAAGUGGAUGGCAAGUGCUUGGAAGGGAUCUUCUAGAACAGUCUGGUGUCAAAGGUCAGAUGGCAUAAAUGUAACAGGGGGCUGUUUGGUGGUGAGCCAGCCUGAUGCUGACAGGUCUUGUAACCCACCAUGUAGUCAACCCCACUCGUACUGUAGCGAGGCUAAGACAUGCCGCUGUGAAGAAGGAUACACAGAAGUCAUGUCUUCCAACAGCACACUCGAGCAGUGCACACUUAUCCCCGUGGUGGUGAUCCCCACCAUGGAGGAAAAGAGAGGAGAUGUGAAAACAAGUCGGGCAGUGCAUCCAACCCAGUCAUCCAGUAACCCAGCCGUUCGGGGCAGGACUUGGUUUCUACAGCCAUUUGGGCCAGAUGGGAGACUAAAGACCUGGGUUUAUGGUGUAGCAGCCGGGGCGUUUGUCUUACUCAUCUUCAUUGUCUCCAUGGUUUAUCUAGCUUGCAAAAAGCCAAAGAAACCCCAAAGACGGCAAAACAACCGCCUGAAACCUUUAACCUUAGCUUAUGAUGGAGAUGCAGACAUGUAACGCUUUCUGGCAACAACCAGUUUGGGCUUUCUGCUUUUGUGGUAGACAUCCAGAGGCCACGACGACAGUAUCCUAACUGUGUGGAUUAUAAUUCACAUUGAUUUUUAAGAAUGCUAGUAUUUAAAAAAGAGUGAAAAUCUUCCUGCCACUAGGAAACUUCAAGUCAGUACCACUUACAUAUUAUCCAUCAACACUGAGAAUUCUGGGAGACAUAGUUGAGUACUUGUUGUAUCUUUGAGAGGUUGAUCUUUUAUAAAAUCUGCCAACUGAAAAACCAUUUGUAUCUCUAAAAAUUAGUGGUGAAAUUGGCCAGUUGGGAAGCAUGAUGCAAGACUGCCUAUAGUAUCAACCUACAGAAAUUUCUAGCAUGAAGACUUUAUACCAAGAGCUCUACAGUACUAUUAUAGUUAAGCAAAACAUGUCUACUUGAUUGAAUGACACACAUUAUAAUGUCAUGUAUGUACUUGUUAAUAAACAGCUUUAACAGUGAACCAGAUUGAACCCCUAAACUAAGCAGAAAACCCACUGAACAAAUCAAACAUCUUUGGGGUUGAUGGCUUUUACUGGCCUACAUUUCAGAAGUGAAGACUUAUCAUAAAAUACUUUCUUGUCUCUUUCCAAUGUGUGAAUGCUGGACUUGCCUAGUGUCUUAGAAGAAAGUUCUCCAGUUCAGUAUUUGAUAGUGAUGAUUGUCUGGAAAACAGAUCUGUUUGUGUCAAUACAUUUCUACUUUCCCUAAUUUUCAAACUGGUUGCCUAUACCUUUUUUGCUAUAUGGAAGGCACAUUUUUGCACUAUAUUAGUGCAGUGUGAUUGGCACUGGACCAGUAUUGCCAUCAAAACUGCCUCUUUUCAAAUGGGAUGAAGAUGACAGUGUCAAGAGUAUCAUGGGGACAAGCACGUUCUUGAAUAUAAAGAGAGUCAAGUUCAGUCUGGAUAGUGACAGGAUGGAAGGAACUGCCUCACCUGCUCUCUGUGCUCUUUCUCAUCAUAGCAGCCAUUGUGAAAUUGACAGCACGGUGGUAAUUUAGGAGUUGAAGUCUCCAACGCAUCAGCCUCCGAAAGGUGGAUCCCUCUUGGUUUAUAAUUGAGCUUUGAAGGCUGUUAAUGGCUAGAUUUUUAUAUUUGUUAUCAUUGUUUAAAAAAAGAAAAGAAAAAAAAAAGAACUCGUUGUCUUUUUAAUUUUGAGCAGAUAGAGAAAAAGUGUGUCAACAUUUUUUUGUAACAAAAAGAAACCAAAAUUAUGUGCUAGAUUUUCUUUCCCUGGUUUUGUUCUUGGGUUUGGAUUGAAGGUAAGUCUUGCAGGUCCUAUUCCAUAGUCCAUAGUGUUUUUCCUUUCUCACUGGUAAAAUCUGAAGCAGUAUGAUUUCAAAACCUAAAAUUAAAAACAGAAGAAUCAUUAUUUGUUUAAGGCUUGUCUAAAUAUCCAGACCAAGGGUGACAAAGCUUGCAUUAGAGAAAAAAAAAGUAAAUAUUUUCAUCCCCAUUUGUAUUUCAGUCUCACAAUGCUGUUACUUUGUAAUGUGAGACACAAGAAAAAUAGCAGGCAUGGCUACAUAGAACUUGCUUUACACAAACAGCCACCAGGCUACAUUCACAUGAUUAGUUUCCUGAGCUGCCCUCUCUUUAGGUGUGGUUUUAAUUCUCCAUUGUACCAUCACUGCUGUGCCAUUAUGGUUAUGUUCCAUUGAGUUUACCCUCUGCCACCCAUGUUUCUUUUCAGAGGAGAAAACCCACAAUCAUGAAUCUACCAUUGUACUGAAGUAUUUCUCUGUUCCCUCAGAUGAAGACCUAAGAAUGCCACAGCAGAACAGUAUCUAUCCUAGCACACUUCUUGUUUAUGGAAAAAAGAAAGAAUUGAAACUUGUCAUAACAAAUAUUGUUUUCAACCAACAUUUAGUACCAUGACCUUUGGGAGAGGGGAGAUCAUCAUGUUUCCUAUCAUUUUACCUCAAAUGUAGCUGUGUUGCUUGCUGAAAAGGUGGUUUGAGUUACAAGGUAUUUUAUAUCUUCAUAGACAACAUAGAGGAGUUUGAACUCCCCCUGCUGUCCAUUAAGUAGCUUUUAUUGCAACGAUUACAAAAGAAUUCAGAAUAAGAUGUCAUUGUUCUCCAAAAUAAAGUAUUUCUAUAAUUUCAAUAAAUUUAAAUAUGGGAGCUUUACUCCCUUCUGCCUUCUCAUAGUUAGGGGUGCUUAAUAAUCUCCCCUUUUUCCUUCUCUUAAUCUAGUAAAGUAUCUCUAAACAUUAAAGAAGAAAAAAGAACUAAAUGUGGCAACCUUAUUCUUUAUCUAUUAGGUAAUGAAAGUCAUAUGAAAGAGAACAGGUAAUUGGGAUAUUGAAAGUUCUAUUGUCAACCAAGGGUUUAAUCAAGUAAAAGCAUAAAAUCGCCUGUUUUGAUGAAGUGGAAGAAAAAAUAAUACUGUCAUUUCAAACUAUGAUUAUCUGUAUAUGUAUCUCUAUACUCAGGGUUCUUCCAAGUAGUCUUCAAGUUGUUCUCUUUGAAUAAAAUUUAAGCUCCAUUUGUCCAAAAACUUUGAGAAUCUAUUCUUGUUACUUGGAAAAUUGUAACCAUCUUAUGAAGUGUUUACAACACUAUGUAUAAUAAAAUAUUUUUCCUACUAAGGCUAUACUUAAGGUAUUACAAAAUGUGAUUAAUUCUGAAGACAAAUCAGUACUCUCCUACCAAUCUUGUUAAGAAUAAAAUGAUUUAGUAGGUCAAGAACUACAAAAUGUUAUGAAGACAUGAGAUGUUUCUAUUCAUAAUAUGUUUGCAUUUCACAGCACUACACUGAUAAAGGGGAACAUACUGGGUGCUCAUUGUCAGGAGAAAUUGUUAGAAAGGUGAAAGAAGGGAAUGUAGCUAACUGACUAGUUUGGAAAAAUGGGAGGUUGUUAUAAUCCUGUGAAAAUGCUCUUAUAAUUCCAUAGGGUGUUAAAAAAUGGAAUUUCAUAGCAACCUACUUUUUCUGUUCAUUCCAAGGGAACAUAGUUAUAACUUGUCUAUUGAUACUUUUUGCUGCCUAUGAGCUCAAAAUGAUUAAGAAGUAUUAUUCUAUAAGGAUGCAAGUCUACUUGGUUUUAAAAAAGGGACAAUGCUGUCAGUUACAAGAGUUUGUUGGACUGCUUUGGUAGAAGCUACAUAGAAGUGGUAAUACUUACAAAUAAUGGGUCCCAGGUCAUUUGGAAAGUGUGAUCCCUCUUGAAAGGGAUAGGUUUUCCUAUUCAUCAAGGCCAAGUUCAGUAUACUGAGUAUAAUCCUUAUUUCAAAACCUUUCUGAAGACAUUAUAAUGUAGCUUAUGCUAAUUGAAAAAGAGGUUUUUUUAAAAAAAAAAAAGCAUUUCUUUAAGUACUUAUAACAAAGCACAAAUUGUUUACAACAUGACAAAUAUUUAUUGAAUUAUCACAUGUGAGAAACUCUGUUAAGCACUAUAAAAAUGAGUAUGGCCUAUCUAGACCUUGGUCACUAAGACAUUCAAAGGAAGCAGACAAGAGGCCCCACAUUUGAAUAUUUACUCCAGAUUUGUUCAUACAUGUGAUUAGUCUUUUUCCACAUGUCUUGUGUGUAAUGAUAUGCUAUGAAGAGUUAUAUUUUUGUUCCUUUCCCCAUCUUUAGGCAAUGGUCAUAGUGGCUUAAACAAAAGCCUAUAAGUUCCUAGUCACUGCAAUAUUACUGCAUUGCAAACUUCCUACAGUAAGCAAGUAACACUUCUCACACACUUUUCUUUACCUCAAACAACUCAUCAUGACCUCAGCCCAUCAUCAUGAUACUCUUUGCCUGUGCUACUUCUGCUUCUCUCAAUGUCCAUAAUCUUGCCUGCUUCCCUCACAACAACCUCCCACUAAGCAUGCCAAUGUUUUUCGAUGAAAAAUGUUUUAAUAAACUUACCUAUUUGCUCUACCCAUUAAAAUUGAAACAUAAUUUAGAAUGUAUACAAUUUAAAUAGAGUGCAUGGGUUCAAACAAUGAAGAAGAUAAAGAAGACAUGAAUGGCAUGUAAAAAAAAAAAAAAGGACUUUUGGAUGAAAAUAUCAAUGUUUCCACUGGCUUCAUUACUGUCGAGUACCCUCAUAUUCCUUAAUCCUCCAAAUCAAGUUUUUGUUCACAUCUGCCAUACAAAGCAAUAAGGAAGGCCUGUGUCUUCAAUAGUGAACACAAAACAGCCCAUGUCUAGGAGGGUUUAGGAUUUGAAUUAGGAAUUCUGGUUGCCAAAUGACUUGGGAUCUCAUUAUUUGUAUGUGUUGCCAAGUUCAAAUGUGUUUUUUGUUCUCUUUCCCCUGUUAGACUGAGGGUGCUGGAAGGCCGACAGUCCAUGAACAACUCUAUAAAGAAUCUUGCAGAGCAGGCCUGACUCUCGUGGGUCUAGUUUAAGUAUGAGAGCCACAUCUGCCAGUUCCAGUACUAAUCGUCCCCUUGGUCCUACCCUCAGAUGUCCUGGCUGUGCACCAGGAAUUCAGGCAUCUGAAACUGAAGUGUGGAUCAAGCUAAUGAAUUACUGUUCUUUAUCAUAAGGAUGUUUUGCAGUAAGAUACAAUGAUUGUUGUCUAGAGGGGACACUGGAAAGUUGUAUCUACAAUACUGAAUGAAUAAAACAAAUAUUUAACAAAUA